AUGGAACCUGUCGAGUCUGAUCCUGUUGUCUCUAGUACUGUUGAUGAAAAUGAUCUCAUCGCCCAGAAGCGAACGUCUAUUUCUUCGGUGAGCGAAUCUUGCCCAGACGAAGAGACGCUGCCUCAGGUCCGCCGACCUAAGUGGAAAAUUACUCGCAGCUAUACGGACGACACCAUCAAGAAGAAAAGCCUCACUGCUAGUUCUUCCCAAGAUGGAGCUGAGUUUGAGGUCCCGGAAUUUGAGUUUUAUGACGAUGUAUGGAACAUGGAAGGAAGCCAAGCCGACGACUAUGGUGCUGACUACCUCGCCACUGGUCGCAUCACACCCGAUGGCCUGGUUGACGAGGACUUUGAAAAGGAGCUUGGAUGGUUGGCUCAGGUGAGCUACUCUCUCCCCUCCCCCCAGGCCAUCCCUCUGUCCGCGUCUCUGAAUCGCGCAUACUUUUGCAUGCUUUUUAAACUUCUUGAACUGUUUUGA